AUGUUAGUUAAAGCGAAAAAGCCACACUCUCUUGCUGAAACUGUAGUUUUACCUGUCUGCAUAGAAAUUGUCAAGAUAAUGAUUAGCCAAGAAGCUGCUAAAGAAAUUGAAAAAAUACCUGCAUCGGCAGAAACAAUUUCACGUCGAAUCAAUGACAUUAAAUCGACGUUGAUUGAAAAAUUGAGAGUUAGUGGAGUUUUUGCGCUAGAAGUUGAUGAGUCCACUGACAUCAGUGGCCACGCGCAUCUCAUCUCAAAUGUUAGAUACAUUGAUGGAUGUGAAUUAAAAGAGGACUUUUUAUUUUGUCUGCCACUGUCUAACCAUACAACGGUGAAGAAAUAUUUAAAGUAA